AUGAGCGACAUUGAGCUGACGCCGAUUGCGCAGGGACAUUCCGCGCAGAGUGGCAACGACUCUACCACCGGAGCUUCGGCUGGAGCAGGAGCAGGAGCAGGAGCAGGAGCAGGAGCUGGCGGGAAUUCGCUGGGAACCGCGCCGAGUUCGUCGCUGGACGAGAUGCGCACGUCGUUUGCGACCGCCACCCGCAGCAGCCACGACGUGGACACCAGCACGAGCACAGUCACAGACGCAGGCACAGACGCAGGCACAGGCACAGGCACAGGCACAGGCACAGGCACAAAGCCCAACGGGGCUGGCGUUGUUGCGGGCGCCGAGAUACACCACGCCAAGCCCGCCGAUUCGCAUCCCGCCGCGUCGGCUUCGGACUCUGGUUCGCUGGCCGUCCACCUCACGUCCGACGAUGACGAGCCAGUCGUGGUCUCAUUCGUUAACGUCUCGUACACGGUCACUGUGCCCGCUCGCAAGCUCACCCUGCUGGAAAAGCUCAAGGGCCUGUCGCUGCGAGGAUUCCCAAAGCCGGAAGUCACCAAGAAGACGCUGCUCAAGGAGGUUUCGGGCGUCAUUCGCCCAGGCACCCUCACAGCGCUGAUGGGCCCGUCAGGCGCGGGCAAAUCCACCCUGCUCGAUGUCCUGGCCGGCCGCAAGGAGUCUGGCAUCAUUGAAGGCGAGCUCCAGUACAACGGCCGACCCAUGUCCAAGGAGCUCAAGCGCAUGAUUGGGUAUGUCGAGCAAACCGACACGCUUCUGGGCACUCUCACUGUGCGCGAGCUCCUCACGUACACUGCGCGUCUUCGUCUCCCGGCCUCGACCUCCGCCGAGCAGCGAGAAAAUCGGGUUUCCGUUGUCAUCUCAGAACUUGGUUUGGAGACCUGCGCCGACACGAUCAUCGGAAGCGUCACCGUUCGCGGCAUUUCGGGCGGCCAGGCAAAGCGCGUCAACAUUGGUAUCGAGUUGAUCACGGACUGUCGCGUGCUCUUCCUUGACGAGCCAACCACUGGCCUCGACUCGGCCACUUCGUUCGAAGUCAUGAGUGUCGUGCGCAGGAUUGCAGACCGCGGCCGCAGCAUUGUGUGCACCAUCCAUCAGCCAAGCACCGAUGUCUUCAACCUGUUCAACCGACUCUUGUUGCUCGUUGCCGGCGAGGUUGUCUAUUUGGGCGAAAUUCGCGAGGCCAUUCCGUACUUUCAAAACUUGGGUUUCAAGUAUGUCGUGGGCACCAAUCCUGCUGACUAUAUUAUCAAUGUGACGGGUCCUGGCACGGGCAAAGCCCACAAGACCGUCGAAGGACCGGAAGUAACCCCGUCCUUCUUUGCAGACAACUAUCGCAAAUCGACCCUGGCCCAGGAGCGCCUGCUGUCAUCCCAAGAUGGCGCGCAAGAAGCUCAGCCACACGAGCUCAACCGGACACCCGUGCGCUUUGUGAACUCGGCUUGGCACAACUUUUUGGUGCUCUGCGAUCGAUUCUGGGAGCAGAAGCGACGUGAUCGUAGCUACUUGACCGCGCGCUUUCUGCGUGUCAUUUUCAUGGACAUUCUCUUGGGCACAAUCUUUUAUGAUCAGCCACACACUUCCGAUGGUAUUUACAACAUGAUUUCCAUCAUCCAGUUCUCCGUCCAAGUGUUUGCGUUCGGCGCCAUGGCCUUCAUGGGCUACUGUACGUGCAAGCCGAUGUUGCCGGGGGCGGUGUGA